AUCGGUGACCUGUCAACUGUAUAAAAAGCUAGACAUCUACGUAGCAGAGCAUUCGGAGCUGUUAACGCAGAGGAAACUAAACAGUGAAGUGUUGAUUAAAGCAAAAUAAAUAAGGGCAUUUACGUAGAAAUUAAGUUACGUAAAAAACACUAGUACAUACAAUAUUGUUUCGUGCAUCAAAUAUAGAUAAUAAGUAGACGUAUUUCGGGUCUUCAAUAUGUCGCUCUCAGUGAAAGCGUUCUUGAAGAAGGACGACAAGUUGGACGCCGAGAUCCGGCGGUUCCAGGUUCCGGCUGACGUCUCGUCCAGCUAUGACUACCUCGCCAAGAAACUUUGCGGCAUCUUCCCCUCCCUCAGACAGGGCAACUUCUCCCUGUAUUGGAAAGACCCCGAUGGCGACCUGGUCUGCUUCUCGACCGACGAGGAGCUGAUGGAGGCACUGGGUUUCGUCAACGACGGAUUGUUCAAGUUGUACAUCACCGACAAAGCGCCCGGAGCUUCCACUGACGGAAGCCACGAACCGGAAGGCGACCACGUGCAUCCUCAUGUCACCUGCGACGGCUGUCAAGCUAGCCCGAUUACCGGGCCGCGCUACAAGUGCAUGGUGUGUCCAGAUUUCGACCUGUGUCGUAGCUGCGAGGCGAAGGGACUCCACUUGGAGCACAACAUGAUGAAGAUCACCGCCCCCGGCUCCAUGCCCCCGGGGUUCCCGUUUGGACCUAUGAGUCAAGGGAGGUUUGCCCCGCCCCCGUACUUCCGACGCUGGAUGCAGAAGUUUAUGAGGAGGUGGCACAACCGCCAGGGAGAGCAGGAUUGCCAGAUGGGCGCUGAGACCUCCGAGAAGAUGGACGACGGCGCGGAGGCGCAAGAGGAGGCCGGGGACUCUUCCGGUGACGAGUUCCUGAGAAAUGUCGGCGAGUCAGUGGCCGAGAUGCUCGAUCCUUUGGGUAUUGAUGUUGAUAUUGAAGUGGAAAAGAGAAAGAAAGGCGGCCAGCCAGCUGGCGAGACUGGUGGGGAAGGAUCACCUUGUGGCGAGAGAAAGGGUUGGGGAGGCCGCCGAUGUGGUGGAGGGCGUGGCAGAGGACGUGGCGGAAGGGGCGGUAGUGGAAACUGCCCAAGGAUGCCGUUCGGCGGGUGGGGUGUGUUCCCUGGGUCCCACGGUUUUCCCCACGGCGGUCCCCAUGGCAACGGUGGUCCCAAUGGCGGUCCCCAUGGCGGGGAAGACCCAUGGGGAAUGUGGGGUUGGGGCAUGGGAGGUGGGUGCCCAAUGUUCAAUGAUCGCGGAAAAGGGGGCGAAAAGAAGGGCUCUCGUAAGCCGGAGGAAAAGAGAGACCAAGAGAAAGCCACAUCGCAGAAUGAGGGAGUACCGCAGACUGCACCGGAAAUGAAGACGAACGACGCAGGAAGCGCCGGAGAACAAAGGCCACAGUCGCCAGCUCAUAUGGAGGUGGACCCGAAUGCCCGAAAGGCAGAUGAUCAGUCGUGGACACUUCUCAACAUCAACAUCAAUAACGAGAGUGGUCAACCGACGACCCAAGGACCGGAAUCGCAAAUGCCGAGGCCACCGACCAGACAGGAGCCCGGCCCAUCGGCUCCGCGUGAGCAGCUCUACCCGCCUGCAAACCCUAAAAUCGCGGAAGCCCUUGCCCAGAUGGUGGCGAUGGGAUUCAACAACGACGGCGGCUGGUUGACGAACCUCCUGGAGACCAAGAACGGAGACAUCAUCCAGGUGCUUGACUCCAUCAGGCCGCAGAUGAAUCGCUCGCAGUAGAGCAGCAGACGACGCUUUGGGCAGACGACGCACUGAGCAGACGACGCUUUUAGCAGAAGAUAAAGGCGAACCUUGAUUGUAUUAUGUUCAUAUAAACUUUCAUAAUGAUUUUUAUUUUGCUAUGUUCAGAUGACACACUUGACAGAAGAUGCAUGUGAACUUUUGGCGACCUGUUGAUUUAUUAUGUUCCUUUAAACUCUCGCGAAGAAGUGUACGAGUAUUUUGCUUUAUCAUGUUAUGGAUGUAUUGACCUUGUAGGUCACAUUCUCUGUACAUUGUUUGAUGGACUUGCAUGUUUUUAGUUGGGGUUCCUAAUUUGUAGAAAGUAGACAGUAUAUGGUUGUUUUAUCAAUAGAACUGUUAUUCCAUUAAUCUUAUUUGAAUGUCAAAGCUGUGCAGCAUUGAAAUAUGAAAAUACUAUUAUUAAGAAAUUAUUACUGUUAUUUAACAAUAUUUUUAAAACAUCAUUUGUUUUAAGAUAAAUGCAAUCGACUUAUAUGAAUUAUAUGGAAUAUUUUGCAAACGUAUUCAUAUAUUAUUGUGUUUAAGUAUUUGAAUUGUUGUUAAUGUGCAUGUAUGUAUCAACUAUAAGCGUCGGUCGUCUGUUUUGAGAUUGUAUUGUUCGCCUGUUCUAUUAAAAUCUGACGGUAUA